AUGCGUGGUGGGACGCUCGCGAAAAAGCAAGGAUGUUGGCCGCGGCGAUGAAACGCAGGCGCAGAACCUCGUUCUCGUGCGGCCUUCGCAGCCGCCCCCGCCGCCACCUCCCGCUGUUUGCGGAAUGGCGCAUGCGCUCAACUCCAAGGCUCGAGAGGCGCCGCUAAGCCCCUCCACCAUUCGCAAGAGCUAAAGAGCCGGCGCAUGCGCCCAAAUCGGCUUCGUGGCUCCCCCGUUCCCCGGCCCGCCAGGCGGCGCAUGCGCAGUGCCCUCAGAGGGGGGCGGUCCCGCUGGGCGGUAGCAACAGCAGCCACACAGGAUUCCUGUCAGGAGCGGCGGCGGCAAGAAGCCCGACCCCCCGCCGGCUCCCCCGCCUCCUCGUCUCCGCCGCUCAGUCCGUCCUUCUGCCUGCCUGAGGCCCCCCUCAGCCGCGCCGCCGCCCGCCCGCCUGCCCGCCCCAGGCCGGGCCGCGGAGCUGCGAUGCCCUCGGACUUCAUCUCUCUCCUCAGCGCCGACCUCGACCUCGAGUCCCCGAAGUCCCUCUACUCCAAGGAAUCUGUCUAUGACCUUCUCCCAAAGGAGUUGCAGUUACCACCUUCCAGAGAGCUCUCAGUAGCAUCCAUGAGUCAAACAAGUGGUGGUGAGGCAGGUUCGCCCCCUCCGGGUGUAGUUGCUGCUGAUGCUUCUUCAGCUCCCUCCUCUUCCUCCAUGGGCGGUGCUUGCAGCUCCUUUACCACCUCUUCCAGCCCCACCAUUUACUCUACCUCAGUCACUGACAGCAAAGCUAUGCAAGUGGAGAGCUGCUCCUCAGCCAUGGGGGUAAGUAACCGAGGGGUAAGUGACAAGCAGUUAACCAAUAACACAGUCCAGCAGCAACAGGCCACCCCGAAGAGGCAUACGGUCCUGUACAUCUCGCCGCCACCAGAGGAUUUGCUGGACAACAGCCGGAUGUCCUGCCAAGAUGAGGGAUGCGGAUUGGAGUCUGAGCAGAGCUGCAGUAUGUGGAUGGAGGAGUCCCCCUCCAACUUCAGUAACAUGAGCACCAGUUCCUACAAUGAUAACACUGAGGUGCCGCGUAAAUCCCGUAAGCGAAAUCCAAAACAAAGGCCGGGGAUCAAGCGGCGAGAUUGUGAAGAAUCAACCAUGGAUAUCUUUGAUGCUGACAGUGCCAAAGCGCCUCACUAUGUCCUUUCUCAGCUCAGCACGGACAGCAAAAGCAACUCCAAAGCAGGAAAUGGGACAUCAGAAGCCCCAAAAUCAGCUGGAGGGAAGAAGAGCCCGAUGCUGUGUGGGCAGUACCCUGGCAAAAGUGAGGGCAAAGAGCUGAAGAUAGUGGUGCAGCCAGAGACCCAGCACAGAGCUCGCUACCUGACAGAGGGCAGCCGGGGCUCAGUGAAGGACAGAACACAACAAGGAUUCCCCACUGUGAAGCUGGAAGGUCACAACGAGCCUGUGACUCUGCAGAUCUUUGUGGGGAACGAUUCUGGUCGGGUGAAGCCGCAUGGAUUCUACCAGGCCUGCAGGGUUACCGGCCGAAACACCACGCCUUGCAAAGAGGUAGACAUUGAGGGCACCACAGUCAUCGAGGUGGGCCUGGAUCCAAGCAACAGCAUGACCCUGGCGGUGGACUGUGUGGGCAUACUGAAGCUGAGGAAUGCAGACGUUGAAGCUCGGAUUGGCAUUGCUGGCUCCAAGAAGAAAAGCACUCGGGCCAGACUGGUGUUCCGUGUGAACAUCCUGCGGAAGGAUGGCUCCACUCUGACUCUGCAGAUGCCGUCCUCACCCAUUUUGUGCACUCAACCAGCAGGUGUACCAGAAAUCCUGAAGAAAAGCCUCCACAGCUGUUCAGUGAAGGGAGAAGAGGAAGUCUUUCUGAUUGGCAAAAAUUUUCUGAAGGGAACAAAAGUGAUCUUCCAAGAGAAUGUGUCUGAUGAAAACUCUUGGAAGGCAGAAGCAGAAAUCGACAUGGAGCUGUUUCAUCAGAAUCAUCUAAUUGUGAAGGUGCCGCCAUAUCACGACCAGCAGAUAACAGCACCUGUUUCUGUGGGAAUCUAUGUGAUGACCAAUGCCGGGAGAUCACAUGACAUCCAGCCAUUUACGUACACUCCAGACACAUCUGGUACUCUGAGCGUGAAUGUGAAGCAAGAAAUAUCCAGCCCAACACAGCCCUGCUCUUUUGAUGAAGCAAUCAAAGUGAAUGCCAGUGGCUGCAAUCUGGACAAGGUAAAUAUUCUUCCCAGUGCCUUGAUAACUCCACUCAGGCCAAACAGUAUGAUUAAGAGUGAAGAGGCUGCUCCCAUGGAACUCGCGGCCGAGAAAAGGUCUCCUCCGGUAUUUAAGGCAGCCAAUGUCAUUGGGUCAUCUCAAGCAGCAUUGGAGACCAACAUGUCCAGUCUCUUGGGAAGUGGCACUUUCUCCUCUUCCACUUCUCAUUUAGCGUCAGAGGGCGAAAAGCAGCAGCAGCAGCUCCAGCCAGAGGUGUAUUCUCCAGAGGUUAUGCCGGCCCUCCAGACACAGGACAUGGCACAGCCUGGCAGCUUCCCAGCUGUCUCUGCUCCCAGCCAGCUGCAGAACAGCGACACCUUGUUGCAGCAGGCGGCCCAGUUUCCCUCGAGAGAGUCCCAGCCCAGAGAGGUGCUGCAGCCGGACGCAGGGGUCAUGACUCUGUCCCAGUUGACGGAGGCUUCCCAACAGCAGUCACCGCUUCAGGAGUCAGCACAGGCACUGCAGCAGCAGAUCUCCUCCAACAUGUUCUCCUCAGCCAGUGGAGUGAACCAGCUGCAGAACACGAUCCAGCAGCUCCAAGCAGGGAGCUUUCAGUCCAGCACUGCCAGCAGCAGCGGAAACGUUGACUUGGUUCAGCAGGUGAUGGAAGUUCGGCAGCAGCUGAACUCCGUCUUGUUUUCUGGAUCCGAUAAUGAGGAUGUUCAAGAGCAGCUGAAUGCGGAGAUCUUCCAACAAGUCAGCCAAAUCCAGAACGGAGUUAGCCCGGGGCUGUUUUCCCCCUCAGAGCCAGUCCACUCGCGGGCUGAGGAGCUUCUCUCUGCCAGAACGGAGAAUGGCCAUCCACAGCCGGAAGAUGCUUUGUCCAGCCAGCAGCAGCAGCAGCAGCAGCAGCAAGCCAUGGAGACCUCUGCAGCGAUGGUAAUGGAGAUGCAGCAAGGCCUCUGCCAGGCAGCCAGUCAGAUGCAAUCGGAAUUGUUCUCCUCCUCCUCUUCGGGAAAUGGAAAUCUCCAGCAGCCCCCAGUGUAUCAGCAAGCCGCCUCACACAUGAUGGGCAGGCUGUCGACAAGCGAAGACAUGCAGAUGCAGUGCGAGCUGUUCUCUUCCCCUGGGGUUCCUGGCAGUGAAGCGACUACUCCGCCCCAGCAGCAGCAGGGGCCCACCAGCGGCUCUGCCAUGUUCCAGUCUCCGGGCCCAGCUGAAGGCGAAGAGGUGUCAGACCAGGCGGAGCAGAUGCAGAACAGCGUCUUUCAAGGCCUGGUCCCCAUGCAGCACAGCGGGGAGAGCCAGCCGCAGGUCAGCCUGUUCCCUUCCUCGGAGAACCUGAUGGCCGUCCAAGGCAGGGGAGCGCAGCAGCAGCAGCAGCAGCAGGGCGGGGCCCUCUUCCAGCAGGGCGGGGAGAUGAUGUCCCUCCAGGCUGGAAGCUUCUUGCAGCAGGGGCCUCACUCGCAGGCCCAGCUUUUCCACUCGCAGAGCCCCCUUGGAGAGGCCCAGAACGUCUCCCAGGAGACGCCAAGUGCCCUCUUCCAUGGCCAGAGUGCCGCCUCUUCCUCGGAGCAGCUGCAGCCUCCUCCCAUGUUCCACUCCCAGAGCACCCUGGGAGUCCUGCAGAGCAGCUCAGUUGUGCAGGACCAGCCGCAGGGCAACCUCUUUCUUCCCCAGAAUUCCAUGAGUGGCUCAGUCACCCAGGAAGAGCAGAUGCCCUUCUUCACUGCCCAGAAUUCCAUGUCCUCGUUGCAAGCACCUGCCAGUGCUGAGCAGCAGCAGCAGCAGCCGCCGCCUCCGCCCUCCUUCCAGCAGCAGCCUCCACUCUCACACCUCCAGAGCCCGAUGCUGACCCAAGAGCAGCCCCAGCAGCAGGGCAUGUUCCAGCCGCAGGUCUCGCUGGGCUCCCUCCCUCCCUCUGGCGUGCCCCCUAGCCAGCAAGGAGCCAUGUUUCAGUCCUCGCACUCCAUGGUGGCUCUUCAGACCAGCACCCCCUCUCAAGAGCAGCAGCAGCAGCAGCAGCAGCAGCAAAAUCUGAGGUUCGGCAGUCAGAGCACAAUGGGCUCAAUGACCCCUCAGAAGCAGAACCUGAUGUUCAACCCCAGCCCCGGCCCAAUGGCUAGCCAGGAGCAGCAGCAGCAGAGCCAGUCCCUUUUCCACCCGCCGGCCAGCAUGGCGCCCAUGAGCCAGGAGCAGCAGCCCAUGCAGUUCCAGAGCCAGAGCCCAGGGUCCACCCAAGCGGAGCCGCAGCAGCCCGCCUUGUUCCACCCCUUGGUCCAAGGACCCCCCAGCUCUCAGGAGCAGCCCAUCACCCUCUUCAUCUCAUCGGCUUCCAUGUCUGCCUUGCAGAGCAGCAUGAGCCAGCAAGACUUGCAGCAGCCCUCCCUCUACUCCCCGCAGAGCAGCAUGGCGGGCAUGCAGGGGGCCGCGUCACCCCCCCAGCAGCAGCAGCAGCAGCAGCAGCAGCAGCAGGCUGCUCUGUUCCACAGUGCUCCUGGCGGCGCCAUGAACCAGCUGCAGAACUCCUCGGCUUCAUCUCGGCAGACCUCUGGGAUCUUCCUCUUCAGCAUGCAGGACAACCAACUCCUCCCAUCUGGGCCAGCGACAAUGUCCGAUCAGAUGAUUGCGAUAAGUCAGCCGCAGGUGGAGGCACAGCCGUCAGUCACGACUCUCCUGUCCCAGCAGAUGUCAGAGAGCCCUCAGCUGAGCACCAAUCAGAAUAUGAAGAAGAUUGAUGAGCUGCUGGUGUCUCUCCAGAGCCAGGGGAGCAGUAACAUGGCGGGCUCCUUCUAACUGGCCAGAAAUCCUGAGGUAGAAAAAUGGACUUGCAAGAUUCCUUUAGCUCUUGUGAUUCUGGAGUUUAACUUUCCUCUGUUCAAAAGAUGGCCUGGAUCCAAGGGAAAACAUAGCCUUCCCCCUUGCUUUGGAAGAGCACCUGUGCCGAACCUGGCAAACGGCUGCUGAGCAGGAGAGAGAGAUUUAUUGGCGCUGAGAGAGGCCUUUGUGUUGCCCAGGCCUGGGCUGGAUGGUUCCCCGUCUCUAGCCCUGCUGUGGGGAUGUGGAGCGUUGCUGCUUCCUUACCCACUGCAGCUAGACAAGGCAAGAAAGGCCACGGAACUGUGUCCUCUUCCCUUGCCCCACCCUGCCUGCUUCCUGGCUCCUUCACAACCCUUGGGACAGGCUGUGAAGCACCUGGGGAUCUCCUGUGUCCCGAAAUGGUUGGGUUCCUCAUAUGCCUGACUCUCUCACAGGCUCGUUGCUUGAGGGCAUUUAUCGCUUGGCUUGCAGCUGAAGAUGUCAGUGGUUUUCAUCGGGAGGACAUUGCUUGAGGCGACGAGCGUGUGUGUGUUCAGCCUGCAGUCUGUCGUGAUGGGUUUCCCACCUGCAUGUGCCUGCCUGACCUUGCAGUUGAGCAGUGAACACACAAGUGGGAACCGGUCCUUACAGCUGAAUGGAAGCCUUUGCUGGCUUCAUCCAUACUCCUAGAAGUGGGCCAGCAGGCAGAGGGUCCUCCUGGAGAAUAUGGGGCUUCCUUUCCAAGAAGACAAGUACAACUUGGGAGAGGCUGGGGGCCGCCCAGUAGGGCCGCUCAAGAGGGGGAUGCUCCUCAGCCCCGAGCUCUGCCCCUCUUUCCUUUCAGGAGGGGGCCGUGGCUGGGUUGAGGAAUUGACUCCCCUUGAGGCUCAGCUUGACCACCAGCAUUGGGGUGUCAGCUGAAUCGCCUUCCUCUUUAACCCCCUUUCUCUGGCUUCACGUAUACUUCCCCCUGCCAGUAGGAACCCCCAGCUGGUUUUCUGGGAAGUUAAAAUGUUGGUUGCUGUGGGAUGGAAGGGCCAAGUUGAUCGAUGCCUCCAUGGUCUGCAGGGAGGAGAGUUGAUUUCUGCUCCCGAAGCCCUUUUGCUGAGUGGUGCUGGGGCAGAGUCCGAAGUUCAAACCCAGAUUUGGGCGGGGAAAGGGCAGCCCUCCCAGGCCUUGGGCAGCACCUCUGUGGGCCCCUCGCCUCAUGUGAGGAAGGACGUGCUCUCCUGCAGAAUUUUUGCCCAGUUCAGCAUCAAGGGCAGGUGCAGUCCUGGCACCCGGAGGACAAACCCAGGGCCAGGCGUUCUCCAGGGCACUCAUGCCACAGCCUUCCAUCUGGAUUUGUGCUUCUCUUGCCUGUUUCUCCUGCACAUCCAGUGCUGCUUGUGGCGUCUGUCACCCAGCGGCUUUCGUGUGUGGCUCUCGCUGACCUUGGGGACGUGUUUUUUAGUAUGUGUUUUGGUUUCAGUUUUUGUUACUUUUGUGUAGAGAAGAAUUUAGCCUGUAAAUGGUUUUCUAGGCUCCCCCUCUGUGUUUUUUCUAACUUGUGUGCCACCUUGAGCUACGUAGAGUCGUGCUUUGGGGUUUUUGUCCUAACUGUUGUCCUGUUCCAUGCCAGCCCGUCUCUGAUGCGUGCAGUCGGUGGCGCGUUCUGUCUGUCUGUCUCUCCUGGAGAGGCGUUGAGUUAUGUUUUCAGUAGUACAGGCUGUUUUGGCCGAUAUGAAGGGAACUUUUCAGAAAGAGACCUGCUCUGGGUCACUUAAUUUUGAAUAACGUUUUCAAUCGUUCAGGUUUUGGAUGGUUUAUAUCUAAUGUGUGUUUCAUUUUUUUGGAAAGCUCUAUUUUGUAUUUAGGAAAUGGUAAACUAUUUUGCUAUUUGUACUGAGUGAGUACAUUGGCAUAAAUAUGAAAUAUAUAUAUAUAUAUAUACACACACACACACACACACACAUUAUUUUUGCCACAGAUUUUUGUGGCAAAUGUGUGAGCUUAUCAUCUGUUUCCCCACAAUAUGGCAUCCAGUUAUGGAGGGGAGGGGAGGGGUUGGUGUGCAGCAGUAGCAGCUGAUCCUGAAUGAGGCAGCUUGGAUGGCUCUUCUCUCCCCUUACCCUACCCAAGUGCUGCACUGCCUGCUUGUCUGGUAGAGCUGUUCCGUUAACCUCGCAGCUCUGCCUGAUGAAUGGCCAGCCUGCAGGCAGCACAGGGGAGAGUGGAGCUACCCAAGCGGCCUCCUUUGGUGUCCCGCCCCCAGCUGGGUAGGACAAGCCGCCCCUGCUGUGAAGUCUUGAUGAAGGCCUCCUUGUUUGCAACAUCCAUCGUGUGAUCAUCUCUGGCCAUUCCAUCAGCCGGCAUCUGUACGGAUUGGCUGUGGGGGCCGCUUCGCUGCAGGGUGACCCGGGCGGGGGGGGGGCCCACUACUCAGGACGCGUUCUUGAGCUUUCGGGUUCCUUCUAGCACGAGUCACUCAGCUUUUACUCAUUGUUAAUGUCUAGUAUUUAAUUGCUAACUUGGUAAUUUAUGACAACACUAAAAUAAUUCACGAUUGGAACCUGCUUUCCCCAUUUCACAAUGUCCAUGGCAUUGUUGAUCAUCCUUGAGAGGAGAGGAGCGUCUGCCUUGCUCCUCUGGCUGCAGGGACACAGAGAAGGCUGUGCUCCUGAGCAGAGAGAUGGGAGGGGUCUGUGGCUGUGCCCGAGGCAGGCUGGGAGGGGCUUCUGGAAGAGGCUGAAGGGUGUCCGGCGGGCGAGGGCGGGCAGCUCGACCGGCACGCUGCUGGGUCCGGGUCACUUUGGUGGCAGGACCUUGGUGGGACCGUGCCGAGUCACCAGGGACCAAUUCUUUCUUGAACCAAGACUUCUGCCCCCAUCCACCGUGCUCCUUCUCCCCAAACCACUCCAGCAGAAACCCGCCUUUUGGUUGUAAUAAGGGCUCUGGCUGCUGUUGCUAUUCCGUGUGAAACAGUGACGUCCGUUCUCUUUUUAAUCUCUUACUCUUCUUGGCCCAUUUUAGGUCAGUAUUUAAAUGUGCAACAUUUUGAACAUGUGAUCUGGUUACAAAAAGUAUGUCUUUGGAAGGAAGGGCCUGCUCAGUGGCUGUUGAGGGCUGGCGCUGUAUCUUUCCUAACGGUUUGGGAGGAGCCAGCAGGGAGCAACAAGAGGGGAGGAGCCUGCAAAGGCCCCCUUGGAGGCUCUUCUGUGGCAGCAGAGCCUCCAUUGCCCAGGGAAGCAUAUCUCGCCGCUGCUUCUUCUGUGUUCUGACACACACACACACACCUGUCCCGUGUCCCUUCAUCCUCCUGUAUUGCAUCAGUCCAAAGCUAGCUCCCUCAGACUGGCUGCAAUGGGGAGAGACAGAGAAGACUUGGCUUUGUGCCUGCGCAGUUCGAUCAGCGAAUGGCGGGAGGGGCAGGACCCAGCAAGAGGCUCCAACGGCAGGAGGAGCUUCCUUUCCUCCCAGUUAGGUCUGCUGCACCCCCUGGGAAUGGAGCAGUGCUGGGAACUGACUUCCUGUAGAACUAUAAAGGCCUUUAAGGCAGCAGGUCCCUCUGAGCUGCACAAAAGGCAAGACCUGAGCGAGAGGAGCCCAUGGAAAGGCAACCCUCUCUCAACCCCCCACCCCCAGACAGGCAGGGCCAGCAAAGGAGUUUUGCAUCCUCCUGCCAUGGCUGGCACAUCCCAUCCCAGGCCACGUUAGAUCAGAGGGGCUAGGCCAGGCAGCGGGGUCACCACCUCGGGCUUUCCCUUUUUGGCAAUGAACAGCUUGGCCUCAAGCCCCCCCACCACCACCACCACCACCGCUCACACAUGCCUGUUUGGGUGGUGCAAGGGUUGCUUCCUUGCAUCACAGUCACCAUCAGUGUGGGAAUCUGGCCGCGGGAAUCCAGUCUAGGUAUUUGUCGCAGCGUUCUGUUUGGCCAAGGUAGGGCCUGGCCUGGCCUGUCACAUGCUCAACAGUCCCUGGAUGUCUGGGAGUUCCAGGACCAGCGGCGAGACCAAGACUCUCCCUGUAUCUCUCUGGCCCGCAGCGGCCAUUUUGCCCUCCUCCCAAGAGAUGGGUUUCCCCUGCAGCUCUGUGUGCUGUCAGAUGCAUAAGCUUGGAUCGGCCUGAAACCAGAGCCCUCUACCUCUGUUGAUCUUGGUCGGUGCUACUCUACGCUCGUGUGUGUGUGUGCGUGCGUGCCUCCCCCGCCUGGUUUCUCUGCCCUGUUGCUGUGAGAGUUGAGAGCAGGGCACAGAGCAGCCGCUGAGCAGCCCUUUCCACAACCCUGCAAUGUGAAUGUCGCCUCCGAUGGCCCCUUGUGUUGUGUGUCCCUGGCUUGUGUCGGUGGAGUUUCUCAGAGCACUGAUGACCAGUUUUUGGUUUAUUCUAUUGGGUGGAUUAAGGGUGGGCGGGGGGGGGACUCAUUUGCAUUUGUUUUUAGCUACCCUGUGAUAACUCGUUGAAUAUUAAAAAGAAAAAAAGAUAUUUUGCUUCUAUUGGAACAUUUGUAUACUGGCAACUAUAUUUCUGUACACAGCUGCAGUCAAGAAUAAAACUUUGAAAGUUUUCA